AUGGCGGUAUUGGCUUUGUCUCUCAUAAAGAGCCGGCAGUCCACUGAGUGCAGGAGGCACCAAAGGAUCUUCCUGCUGCUCAUCCUGCCCCUAAUGAAGUCUCCAUUUUCUUUCCUUUCAUUCCCAGUACCUCUGAUCAGCUGUUUCUCCUGCAAUGGCCCCGACUUGUGCUCUCAGACUUGCACCUCGCCAUCGUUGACCUGUGGAUUCGCCGAAGCGCAGACCAUUCAGAACGGCCAGUCUCAGAGUCGCUAUGUUCAGAACUGUGCCAGUCCCCAGAUCUGCAAUGCCACCUUGUCGUUUCUCAAUGGGACUGCCAGCACGACUUUCUCGUCCCAGUGCUGCUCCUCAGAUCUCUGUAACACUGUCACAGUUGCAGCUUCAACAGAAGACAAGCCUUCCAAACCUACUGUUGCAGCUUCAACAGAAGACAAGCCUUCUAAACCUACUGGUUCAACGAAUUCCCUGAUGUGUUACAACUGCACUACUAAAGAGAAUAAGCCAGAGGGAAAACACGAUCUACAUAACUGCUCAAAGGAAGAAACGAUGUGUGGAGUGUUUGUAAUCCAGAAUAUUACCAGUAAAGAUUAUACUGAGUCAGUCAGUUAUAACUUUUCCUGCACAUCUAAAGACCUCUGUGACGUUUCCUUCACCUACAUCAGAGACAAUAAGAAUGUUACUGUAAGUUCAAACUGCUGCGCCACGAGCUCAUGUAACACUGAAGGGCACACACCUGAGCCUGAAGGCAGCUACCAGUGCCAUGUCGGAGCCCAUGACAAUAAAACCCAACAGAUGAAUUGUGCAAAGGGACAAGAUCGGUGCUACAAAGUUCACACUAAAGAAAUGGGAGAAGUCCGAGGAUGUGCCUCUGAGAGCGCCUGCAAUGUCCGCAAAAUCUUCAAUUUGUAUUAUGGCACCAAACAGGAAACGGACAUUAAAUGCUGCAAUCACAAUCUCUGCAACGGCGCAGCACAGCUGGGAUGGAGCGGCCACCUCCUGGUUCUUCUUCUUGCCCCUGUUUUGCUCCUCCGACUCUGCUAG